GCCGCUCGCUGCUGUUUACUGAGUUCUUGUCCUGAUAUCACUCCGCUGGCAUGGAAGAGGAGGAGGAGGAGGAAGCAGUGAGAGAAGGAGGAGGAGGAGUAGAGCACUUGAUCAUUGUGAUGGUGGCAGGAGGAGCAAAGUAACAGCAGCAACAUUAUCAGGCUCUGCUCUCUCAGCUCCCUUCAGCAGCCUCCACUGCUCUACUCUGGCUAUUGAGUUGAGUGACUCCCCCCUCCUCCUCCUCUUGCUCCUCACUCAGGAUUUAUGUAGAAAGAGAUACUUUCAUUUCUAUUGGUUCUUCUGCAUGCUCUAUUUUCUUCUUUUUUUUUCUCUCUCUCUCUUCCUCUCCCCUAUUUUAAAAAUGCAGGAGAGCCACAAAAAGUACUUUGGACGCUUUGCUGCCCACACAAGUAAACUUUUUCCCUUGCUCUGUGGAAGGGGGAAUCCAGUGUGCUAGUGGCAGUCAGUGUGGCAGUCAGUGUGCUAGUGCUGUGAGUGAGGGGAGUGUGUGCAUGUGUGAGUCUGUGUGUCACAGAGAGAGGAGCUUGUGUGUGUGUGAGUGUGUAUGGAGCACAAGUGUGUGAAAGUGACAAGGAUGUGUGGCCACCAAGUGACUGGACCUGCUCCUUUCUGGGGAUUUAUGAGACACAUUGGAUUAUAGAGACAGAAGAACAGAAGCGAUCUCCUGAUAGCAGCCCUGAACUCCUGCUCUCUCUCAUAGUGCAAUAUUGUAGCUUACUGCUGCUGCUUCUUCUGGGUUUUUUCUUUUCUUUUUUUCCCCAUAAGAAUGGGCGACCCCUUGCUCUCCUCCCUGGGGGCUGUGUUUGAGCUAAGGUGAUGCACUGGCUACAAAUACCUGCUAAGAACUCUUAUGACAACCCUGUGACACAUUAGAAACAAGUCGGCUCGCACCCCAACUUCCCUACUGACCGGCGGCGGCUGAAUAAGUCACCUGGAGAAAAACAACGCAACCUAUUGGCACCCGCAGAGUAACGUGGGCACUGAGACACUGGUGGUCGGGGGAAAGCAGUUUGUGGAGGGGGGGGGACUGCAAACUUAUUUCCAAAAUAGUGUGCACGGGGACCGGCAUGGGGGAUUUCGCAGCCCCCGCUGCCUCCAAUGGUAGCAGCCUGUGUAUCAGCACUGCCCUGGGAAGCGGCAGCGCCGGUAGUAUCGGCGGGGUUGGAAGUCACAAUAGUAAUAAUCCCCCUCCCAGCACUAUUGGCCCCAGCGCAGCGAACAAUGGGAGCAGCACGAGCAUUCCUAAGCACAGCACCGUGGUAGAGCGGCUCCGGCAAAGGAUAGAGGGCUGCAGGAGGCACCAUGUCAGCUGUGAGAGCAGGUACCAGCAAACCCACGCCGAGCAACUGGACAUGGAGAGAAGGGACACGGUGAAUCUUUACCAGAGGAGCCUGGAGCAAAGAAGCAAGAAGUCAAGCGGCGGCAGCCACGGAGGUGCGUCUGCAGGAACAGCUACAGGGUCAGCCUCUGGAGGAGCUGGUGGCAACAAGCAUCACCACCAACACCACCAGCAGCAGCAGGUCAAGCAGCAGGUCAAGCAGCAGCAGCAGCAGGAUGCAGAGCCAGCGGGCAGCACAGCUGAGCAGCGGAACCACACUCUGAUCAUGCUGCAGGAAGCUGUCCAAAGGAAGCUUGAAGGUGCACGGUCUCCCCAAAAUGGAGAACAGCAAAAUGGGAUUUGUGAUGGGAGAUUCUCUCCAUCUGCUAAACGCCGAAGGAAGGAGGUGCCUGGAAUGGACACUCUUAACAAUCUUUCCAACAUGCCACUACCUUCAGUCUCCCCUCUACACCAGCUCGAUAUUAAGCCUCAUAUACAGAAUAGUGGGAUUAAUUCUGGUGGUUUGGAAGAUAUAAGUAAGAAUGGUGGUCAGCAUGAUAUAAAACUUGCAGUUAAUGGUUCCAGCGAUCUGGAGGAAAGUCUCAAUAUACUCCAAAGCAAAGACAUGAAGCAAGAGCCUCUGGAUGAUGCUUCUGUAAUAGACACUUCAGAAACAUCUCUAUCUAACCAAAACAAACUUUUCUCUGACAUCAACUUAAAUGACCAGGAAUGGCAGGAGUUGAUAGAUGAGCUUGCAAACACGGUUCCGGAAGAUGACAUACAGGACUUGUUCAAUGAAGACUUUGAGGAGAAAAAAGAACUUGAUUUUCCCAGGCCUUCUGCCCAAACCCCACUUCCACAAGAAAUUGCCAGUGUAAAGAGUGAUCCAUCUCACUCUCCCUUUCCCAGUGUUUCAAUAGGCUCUCCUCAAGUAAGGCCAUCCUCAUCUGGUCCUUCUUUUUCUAACGUGUCUUCUGUAUCUAGCAUACCUUCUGUUUCUAGUGCUCCAUCCACCUUAAUGCUUGCUGGUUCACCGGCAAGUUAUGUUGUUCAGUCCCCACAAACACCUACACAACCCCAUACUCCCGGUCAGCCAUCAUCAAGAUCUGGAAAUGGUUAUGCUAUGAACUCCUCUUCUAAUUCAGGGAGCGGGUCUGUAAACCUCCCAAGUGCUGAUUUAUCUCCAGCUGAGCAACUAAAACAAAUGGCAGCACAACAGCAGCAGAGAGCAAAACUGAUACAACAAAAACAGCAACAGCACACAAACCAGCCUUCCAACUGGUCACCUGUGCGGCCUCCAUCUAGUCCAUAUGGAGGGGCAUAUGGGACGGAAAAACCAAACAGCCCUAUGAUGUACCCCCAAGUGUUUAACAAUCAACCUCCAAUUGUUUCUUCAAUGGCAAACAAUCCUCCCAAAACCACCAUGAACAACUACCUCCCUCAAAGCCACAUGAACAUGGCAAACCAGCAGACAAACAAUCUGGGUACAAAUUCUAUUGGCAAGCCUUCUAAUAUGCUUAGUUAUGGUAAUACAAAACCACUGUCACAUUUUAGUGCUGAGAUGAGUCAGAGGAUGACUCCCCCUCUAGCCGGCCAAAACAAGACCUCGCUUAUACCAUACAUACAACAGCAGCAACCAAUGCAACAACAGAUGAGCCAUUUAAGUGAGGAGCAGAAACGUUUGCUUAUUAUGAAGCAGAAGGGGCUCAUGAACCAAUCAAUGGGAUAUCCUUCUCUUUCAGCACAUGCACAGGAGCAGAAUGCAAUUGGGAUGUCAAGGCCAUCUGGACCCAUGCAGCAGUCUGCUGCCACCCCUGGGGGUCCAGGAUUUAUGCCCAACCAGCCACAAGCUGCCAUGAUGAAGCAGAUGCUUAUAGAGCAAAGAGCCCAGCUCAUAGAGCAACAGAAGCAGCAGUUUCUCAGGGAGCAGAGACAACAGCAAAUACUGGCUGAGCAGCAGCAGAUGCAGCAGCCUCAUAUGAACAGACAGCAUCUCCAGCAGCAGCAGCAGCAGCAACAACAACAGCGCAAUCCAUACACAGUGCAACAAGUCAAUCAGUUCCAAGGUGAUAUAGCAAGAAACCAAGCAGCUCUUCAGAAUAUCCGAACAUCACGGAUGAUGGCCCAAAAUGCAGGAAUGAUGCCCAUGGUCCCAUCCCAAAACCCAGGAGCUGUAGCCGCUUCUUCUCUACAACCUGAGAUGGGCAUGGCGCCUUACAGCAACACAUCAAACAACCAACCAGCAAUGUACAACAUGAAUACCGGGGUAAACCAAAUGAUGCAGCACCCAAACCAAAACAGCAUAAAUAUGGGUCACAGUGCAAUGCAAGGUCCAAGACAGCCUUCUUCUGGACAGCCAUUGGGGCUUGUGGGGGGAUUUGGACAAAACAUUCUAGUUAAUCCUGUUAUGUCUCAACAACAUCAGCAAAUGAAAGGGCCUGUAGGCCAACCCAUGAACAGGAGCCAGGCACCAAGACUUCAAAACAUGAUGACAUCUCUACCACAAGGAGCACAAGGUUGGGCACAGCGUGGACUACAAGGGAUGUCUGUAAGAACUAGUGGAGACAUUGGGGCAUAUAACAAUGGAUCUAUAUAUCCAAUGCAGACUGGGCAGCCAAGGAUGCCCAAACAACAUUUCCAACAAGGGCACACUCAGAGUGUUGUAGACAGUUCUGGAACUGUGAGGGCUCUAAACCCAGCAAUGGGAAGGCAAAUGAUGCAAUCAUUACCUGGACAACAACUAAACAACCAGCCCAGACAGAUCAUGCCUGGAAUGAACUCUGUGGUUCCCAGUAUGCCAAGUUUUAACCCAUCGCCGUCACAGCAAAUGCCAGGAGUUGGCUUUUCUCAAAACAACCAGGGACAAGUCUAUGACAGGAACCCCAGUCAGGAUAUUGGGUACAGUUACACAGAUGUUGGGGCUGGUUCCUUUCCAGGCAUUGCAGACGGUGUGGACCUUGUGGACUCUAUCAUAAACAGAGCGCCCGGAGAUGAGUGGAUGCAAGAACUUGAUGAGUUAUUUGGGAAUCCAUAAUGGGUGUACUUGGACAAUAAUUUAAAAUAUAUAUACACCGUGCUAAAUGAAUAAAGAUGGUUCCCCAUCUGUGUUUGCUCUGUAUAGCUGAGCCAAACAGCAAGCAGUCACAGGUCACCUGGUAAUGAAUGGCAGCGCCGUGUACUAUGGGAGAGACGCUACAAAUAGAAAAUAAUUUGUAUCUGUAGUCGGUAGCCUAAGAUGGUACAUGUAAAGGUGGUAAGAAGAGAGACAGAUGUGAGUAGAAAAAGAGGCCCCCAGACAUCCAAUGGAGUAGGGCGAUUCAGAAGGAAAGGCUUAUGGGUAAUAGGAAUGCUUUGCCAGCAUUAUACUCAGAAACGUGGGCAGGAAUCAGCUGCUAUCAAUGUGACAUUUGUACUCAGAGCCUGUAAGGAAAGGAUGGCGGGCCAGGGAGAGUUCUGGGAUUGUUAGCGCAGCCCUUCUUGUCAGAGAACACUAAAGAUAAUUCCUGUUAUUCAAUGCAGACAUUGUUGUUAAUUAGCACCAACAUAGCACCUCAACGGAUCAUUUCUUUAAAAAUAAUAAAUCAAGUUAAAAUGUGCUCAUGUUUCCCCAAUAUUCGCGGAGGCUAGUUCUUCCAGAUUUUGCUAAGACACAGCUGGAUUCUGUGCUAAAAAUAAAGAAAUGGCACCUGUUUUCCUCCAAUACUGUCUAGAGAAUGCGCAUCCCAACUUUAUUUUUACUAUAUCCCUUUUAUUUCAACCUCCGGUAGAUAAUGUCUGUAGAUACAAUUAUCAAGGGCAUCUGUAGGAAAAAAUACAAAAAAGGAAAAAAAAAAUACACGGGUAAUUUCCAUAGAAUGUACUUGUCCAAUGCUGUCUGUAUGUUUUCCUAAAUGUAAUGUCGCUUUCUCUGCCCCAACCAAAUGAAGGCAGGAUUCAGUGCCAAAACCGCUGGCAUCAUAUUCUGGGUUUUAUAUGUGUGAUUUUUUAACAAAAAAAAAAGAAAGAAAAAAUAUAAUUUGUGACUGGGAUUGAUUUUAUUUGUUUUUGACCCAUUUUGUUUUUUAAAUGUAAUUAGAAUUUGUAAUGCAUUAACAUGGCUGCUUUCAAGAUUACACAGCUUCUGGUCUUCAUAAUGUUUAAUAUAUUUAUUUCUUAGUUAUGUGUUGUGGGCUGGCAUGUUUACACUCUGCUAUGUAAUGUUAUGAAUGUGAUGCUCAUCUCCCUGUUAUUUAAUCCUGUAAGUAUCCGAUUCUUGUUUUCAUCUACUCGGGUAACCCGACAGUGUUACGCAAGGGAUUGUUAUAUGUAAGGUUAAGAGUACUUUGUGCCCGCAUCUACGUGCCCUUUUUUUUAAGGGUCUCCUUUUCCUAUUUUUUUUUUUAUUGAUCGAUGCUUGAAGGAAUGCAAGCUUGUAAUUAUUGUAAAUUAAAUAUACAAAGCAAUAUGUAUAAUCUGGUGGUUGCCAUGUUCUUGUAUACUACUUUGAAAUACUGGAUCAUUAUUUUCCACGAAAUAUCAUGUCCCAGACCUUCAGUUACAGUUCUUCAAUGCUACACUGCAUAGAAAUGCCCAUUAAACUGACCUUGUUAGCAAUAUAUCAUAUCAUUGGUGCAUGUUUUCCAGUUCAGGCCAUAGAUUCUCCUUCAGUGAAAACCUCCUACAUUGUCCUGUGUCCUUUGGGUGAAACACGAGAUUGUGCCGGUCUGUAAAAAGCACGGAACCUUUGAAUCAAAAUUCAAAUACACUGAAAUUAGUGUGAAUCAUAGGACUUGAAGGUUAAUGAAUAGGGUUGUUACUUGCCUGGUAUUUCCCUGGCCGGUGCCAGUAUUACACACAUUUACUGCCAAUGUAAUUGCUGGUACAUCUGUAAUGCCUAGUUGUUUCAUUCCCGUCCUGCCCACUCCAAUCCCCACCCCCAUCUUGCUUUCUAUCCAUGCUGGCUGCUCCAUCCUCUUCCCCAUCCAAAGCAGUGGGGCUCAUUUAUCAACACUGGGCAGAUUUGCCCAUGGGCAGUGACCACAACCAGCUGCAGGUAAAACAAUGAAUUUGAUUGGUUGCCAUGGGUUACUGUUGAUAAAUGAUCCCAACAGCUUUGGGGCAACCCUGGUCAUUCCCAGAUUCAAAAUGAUCUCAGUAAAUGUUCUUCUCUUUUACCAUCAAAUAGGGAGGUUUAUCUAAGAAUGUAUUAGAUAUUUGAAUACAGUGAUUGCAUAUUUCCUAGGUUCAAGCCCCCCUGACUUCCAACCAUUUUUUCUGACUUGGUAUCCCCCCCCCAAAGCCA